AUGCGGUUCUCUCUACUCGUACCAGCUGUUGUACUAGCGCUAGGUGAUGGCGCCCUAGCCAUUUACGGCUGCAUCUGUAGAGAUCAAGCAUACGGUCCCGAUGCAAGAUGGACUCAGUCGAAUUGCGAUAGGCUACGGGGCACCUGGGAUUCAGACAUUACUGGCCGCAACCAGUUUUUCUACGGCAUGGCUCCGUACCAGUGCAAGUUCGACAGGGCAGAUAUCGACCCUGCUACUUGGGAUACAUACUGCCGGGCCGGUAACCAGGGCCGAGGGAAUGUCCAAAACUCGGGCGGCUUUGUUGGCACGUGGUCCGGUUUGUGCAAUACAGCCGCGAAUCGAUGA